AUGGAUUUUCUCGAACUUCCUCGAAGUGGCGAACAGCAUAAGUUUUAUUUAAGUUCAUGUGAGUCAGGCGCUGGUAUUGACACACAUGAUUCAAAUAUAUCAUCAAGACAGUCAUCAUUGUCAUCGAAUUCAUCAUUAGAUGUUACUUUACCAACACGACCAUCAUCUAUUCAUACAAAUAUUUUUUUAAAUGUUCUCAAACGUUUACAUUGUCUAACAUUACGUCGCAAAAAAAAUGGUCGAUAUCGUUCACUUACAACAUCAUUACAUCUUUUCUUUAAAAAUCAUAAACAAUUAUCAAACGAUAUAAAUCAAUCAACAAUUGAAUUUUGUAAAUCACCAUCUAGUCCACAAUUUUCAGCUACACAAACAGAUACUGAACAUGUUUAUUUAUCAAAAAAAAACAAUUAUCAUAGUUGCCAACAAUUAUAUCAUACCGGUGAAAACAAAAAAAAUAGAAUUUUAAAUAGUAAAAAUAAUGAUUUUCGAAUACGAAAAUCAUUUACUCAAUGUAUUAGAAAUUCUGAUAAGACAGUCAGUGAAGAUAAUAAUACAAAUACAUUAAGUUCCGUUGAUUUAGCUAUAACACCACAACCAUUUCUACCUUCAUCAAUAACAGAAACAAGUUCAUCAGUUACACCCUUACAACAAUUUACAACUUUCGAUUUAAAAUCUGAUGAAAAUAGUGGUGCCGAAAGUGAAAUUGAAAUUACAAAUAUCACAAAAGAAGGAUGUGAUCGAGCAGAAACAUCACAAUUUGAACUCUUACAAACACUUGGCGCUGGUUCAUUUGGAAAAGUUUUCCUCGUACGUAAAAUUAUUGGUCCCGAUUCAGGUUCACUCUAUGCUAUGAAAGUGCUCACGAAAGCAAGUCUUAAAGUUCGUGAUCGUCAACGAACAAAAAUGGAACGAGAUAUUCUUGCACAAAUUUCACAUCCAUUUAUAGUCAAACUUCAUUAUGCUUUUCAAACUGAAGGCAAAGUUUAUUUAGUCCUUGACUUUUUACGUGGUGGAGAUCUGUUUACACGUUUAUCAAAAGAAGUUAUGUUCACCGAACGAGAUGUACAAUUUUAUUUAGCUGAAUUAGCUUUGGCACUUGAUCAUUUGCAUUCACUUGGUAUUGUUUAUCGUGAUUUAAAACCAGAAAAUAUUCUUCUUGAUACCGAUGGUCAUAUUGCAUUGACUGAUUUUGGUCUAUCAAAAGAAUCAGUACCAACACAAGAUUCAAAAACAUUUUCAUUUUGUGGUACUGUUGAAUAUAUGUCACCUGAAGUUGUUUCACGUAAAGGACAUUCACAUGUUGCUGAUUGGUGGUCAUUUGGUGUACUUGCAUUUGAAAUGAUAACUGGACAUUUACCAUUUCAUGGUGCAAAUCGUAAAGAAACAAUGAAUAUGAUAUUAAAAGCUAAAUUAGCUAUGCCAACAUAUCCAUCAUUAGAAGCACAAAGUUUAUUACGAAUGUUAUUUAAACGUAAUCCAGCUAAUCGGUUGGGUGCUGGACCAGAUGGUUUUCGUAAUAUACAAAAUCAUGCAUUUUUUGAAUCAAUUGAUUGGGAUAAAUUAUAUAAGAAACAAAUUGAACCACCAUUUAUACCACCUAUUCAUUCCGAUUUUGCACAUUACUUUGAUAAAGAAUUUACAUGCAAAACACCAACAGAUUCACCUGGUAUUCCACCAAGUGCUGAUGCUCAUGAAUCAUUCCAUGGUUUUAGUUAUAUUGCACCAGAAUUAAUACAUGCACGUCAAAAUGAUUCAUCAUAUUCAAAUGAUGUUGAAAGACGUUUAAGAUCAAUAAUUGGUGUCAAAUUAACACCAUUUAAAGAUGAAUAUGAUGUAAAAGAAGCUUUAGGACAUGGUAAAACAUCAACAUGUUAUCGUUGUAUUCAUCGACAAACACGUGAAGAAUAUGCUGUUAAAAUAAUAAAAGAUCCAAGUAUGAAUGAUCCAUCCGAUGAAAUUGAAUUAUUAUUUCGUUAUAAUCAAUUACCACAUAUUAUUCGAAUACGUGAUGCUUUUUUUAAUUUACCUACAGUUUAUAUUGUAACAGAAUUAAUGCGUGGUGGUGAAUUAUUUGAUAAAAUUCGUCAAGAAAAAUCUUUAUCCGAACGUGAAAGUGCAAAAAUAAUGUAUGUUAUUAUAAAAACUAUUGAACAAUUACAUCGAAAUUCAAUUGUACAUCGUGAUCUUCAACCUCGUAAUAUAAUGUAUGUUGAUAAAAAUCGUCAACCAUCAGCCUUACGUAUAGUUGAUUUGGGUUUUGCUAAACAACAACGUGCAGAAAAUGGUUUAUUAAUGACACCAUGUUUUACUAAAGAAUAUGCUGCACCAGAAGUUUUAUCAAGAAAAAAAUAUGAUGAAUCUUGUGAUAUAUGGAGUCUUGGCAUACUUUUAUAUACUCUAUUAGCUGGUAAUACACCAUUUGCAUUUGAUCGUAAUGAUUCACAUGAACUUAUUCUUGCACGAACGGCUAAUAAAUUAUCAUUUACUGGACCAACUUGGGAUCGUAUAACAGAUAAUGCAAAAGCACUAGUAAGUGCAAUGCUUGAUGUAGAUCCAAAGAAAAGACCAACAGCAUUAGAACUUUGUAAACAUCCAUGGUUUACUAAUAUGGAUAGUCUUCCGAGCACGAAAUUAAGUAAUAUUCAAGAUUAUAAUCUUGUUCGACACAAUCUUGAUGCUACAUUCAAUGCUAUCAAUACAAAUUCAAACAAAAACUUAAAACUUGGUCCAAUAGGUGAUUCAAAUUUAUUUAAACGACGUAAUGAACGAACUACUCAUCAACAACAAACUGAAAAAAAUGGUCUUAAACCGGAGCCAUAUUAUUGGUAUUUAGAUCAACGUAAAUAUGGCACAUUUCCUCAUGGUGGUUAUGGUCUUGGUCUUGAUCGUUUUAUGACAUGGUUAACAAACCGUUAUCAUAUUCGUGAUGUUUGCUUCUAUCCACGAUUUAUUGGUCGAUGUAAACCAUAA